AUGCGAGGAAUUUACAACCGGGGUCAAGUCUUCCUUUUCGUAAUUCUUUUCACAAUCGUUCUGUGGAAGGUCUACACAAACGAUACAGACGAAAAGGUACGCCACCUGCGCAAUGCGAUCCAAGAUAUCGAGCGCGUGCAACGAUACACCUCCUCGAAACUAGAACUCAUUUCAAAUGGACUCGACAAGCUCACUCGCCUCAAUCACACGAAACUAGAACUCAGGGGAAUUCAGAACCUCAAGUCCUCGCUUUCUUCUAUCUCCUUUCCUGGGCCGGCGGAGUUUCUCGAUCAUCUGCCCUCUGAGUUUUCUUUCACUCCCCUCGUGGAUCUUGGACCAGACGCAAUCGAUGUCGACUACUUGCUCGGCAUUCCGACCGUCAGCAGAGAAAUACAUAGCUACUUGCUAGAAACGCUCGACUCAAUCGUCGAAGGAACGAAAAACUUCAAAGGGAAGUUCGGCAUCGUCAUCUACGUCGGCGACGAAAACGAAGAGCUGGUGAAGGGGAUUUACGCAGACAUUCAGGCGAGGCUUCCUGGGAAGCCGAUCAAGGUCAUUUCUCCGCCGGCUGAUUACUAUCCGAACUGGGCGGAAAUUGAUGAAUCCAAUAUUAACUCGUUCGGGGAUGGCCCAGAAAGGAAGAAAUGGCGCAGGAAGCAAAACUUAGACUACCUCUUUCUAUGGAGCUAUUCACUGGGAAAAUCCAAGUUCUACAUUCAACUCGAAGAUGACAUCAUUGCCAAGCCAGACUUUUUAACCUUCAUCGACAAAUCAAUCAUGAAUGAGCCUCGAGGAUGGUUCAUGCUUGAAUUCAGCAACUUGGGCUUCAUCGGCAAGUGUUUUCGCGACUCUGACUUGAGGGGAUUGGCGAACUUCGUAAUGCUCUUUUACAAAGAGAAACCAGUCGACUGGCUGCUGGACAAUUAUCUUUCCACGAAAGUCUGUAGCCCGGAGAAAAGUGACAAGGAUUGCACAACAGCGAAACACAAAAUUAAGCGCACGAAAAAACCGUCACAAUUCCAACACGUCGGCAAGCAUUCCAGUUUGAACGGCAAAGUUCAAAACCUAAGAGAUGCUUCCUUCUCGCCAAAGAAGGGCAAAGUGACAAGCAGCCGCAGCCCUGAACUCUCAUCCAUGCUCACAAACAUUCCAGCUUACAAGAAAUUCACUUUGGAGCGUUUUUGGCAAAACAAGGCUUAUUUUUGGGGAACCGAGUUUGACGACGGUUCUUUUAUUAUUCUCAACUUUGCUGAUGAGCUCGACGUCUCCCAAAUAACCGUUCUCACUGGAGGAGAGCAGAAUCCAAAUGACAUAAUGCCUGAAGAGUCGACAGUAUCUCUUUUCGACCGUGAACUCGCGGAAUACGACGCCAGAAAUACACGCGCGGAAGAUGUUUUCAAAAAAGAAAAAACUAAACUGCCCGUUCCCAAUAUUAACACAACCACUAGCUCCUGCUCUGUGAAAGUUCUGGUGCUCAAACCCUUGUCCUGUACAAUAAGAAGUCUUGAGACCAAAAAAACUUCAUUUUCUUUCUGUAGAGUGACAAGGCAACGUGUGUAUGGACGGAAUAUGUGGCUUCCCGCUAUGGCCUCCCUGGUUGGUCUUGCCCUCGCAAGUCCCGAGCAAGACACGACUCUAGAAUCGUCGCAAGUCAAUCCCGCCAACGAAAAAGACACGAACCUGCUUGUAUGCCGCUGCGGCAUGGACAGCUCCGAUCCAAAGAGCAACGAUGCCAAUAGCAAGUGUCGUCGAAUUCAGUAUCACAAAGAUUCGAGAGGCAUAGAAGGCAAUUACAGCGGCGUUCACAUCGUCAACGACACUGCUUGCGCGAUCGACCUGAAAAUUCAUCCCAAAGGAGUUUGCAAGAAAGAUGUCUACGUUGAUGGUCAAUCAUCCGGAUUCAAUAACGUCUACAACGCGAUCAAAAUCACGUGGGAAUGCACAAUCAUCGACGACAACGAAGACCACUUCCCCCAGACCUGCAAGUCACUCAACAAACGCGACGUUUACUGCUGCAAUCGAACUGCAGAAGUGUGCGACGAUGCAAGUUGGUGCCCCCGAACGGAUGAAAAAGAAGAUCCCCAGUUUUGUAAUGAUUUGAAGCAAACCAAGCUCGAAAGUUUGUUUUGGAAAGACCGUCAAUACAAAAACGCGAAAGACGCACUGUACAUAAUCGUCGUUUCCAUCCUUCUCACGAUCUUCCUCUCGUUCUGUACAUAUCGGAGAUACCCAGAUCGCGCAAGAAUGCUCGCUCUUUCAGUCUUCGGCACAUGCUGCAAUAUGAUUAAUUUGCCGUCUACAAACGGACCUUACAAUCCCGUCGACAUGAUUUCUGGCGAACCUGGUGACUCCAACGAUCGAACAGACAUCACCAUUCUACACAAUGGAAGCCACGAGGAAGACACGUCUGGAUCAGGGCAAGGUGCGCCUGUUUGUGUCCAACGAACUAUCGCCCGGGAAAUAAAGCAACUUGAAAAGCUGGCGAAGGGCCGAUACGGCACUGUGUACAAAGGAGAGUACAAGACGCAAUUCGUCGCGGUCAAGAAAUUCCACACGAAAGAAGAAGACUCCUGGAAACGCGAAGUCGAGCUUUACAACACCCAAUCGCUGGCGCAUACGAACAUUUUGCGAUUCAUCGCCGCGGACAAUCGAGAUAACGGCGUCGCUACCGAACUCUGGUUGGUGACUGAUUAUCACGAAAAUGGCUCGCUCUACGACUUCCUGUCGAGUAAUGUUCUAACCGAAGAAAUGUGCGUGAACAUGGCGUUUUCGAUUGUCUCUGGUCUUCAUCAUCUUCAUCAAGAAAUCGACGGGCUUGUCACGAAAAAGCGAACAAUUGCCCACCGCGACAUCAAAUCGAAGAAUAUUCUCGUGACGAAGGACUUCCAGUGUUGCAUCGCUGACCUGGGCCUUGCCUGUGAAUGUGGCCCGAAUGGGACGAUUCUGGCGGGCUCUGUCGAGUCUGAGCUGACCCCUUCUGCUGUUGCUCAAAUGUCCACUGUUGGAACUGUUAGGUACGUGGCGCCCGAGUUUCUCAAGCUGGAAGUGCAGAACGAGCUUUUCAAUCCUUUUAUGGAUCUGACGAAGGCGGACAUUUACUCAACGGCUUUGGUGCUCUGGGAACUGCUCAACCGAACAGUCGGCUUCUUCGGCUCUGAUGCAGAGUCCGUGCCCGAGUACCAGCAGCCAUACGACGGAAUGGUCCAGUCUGAACCCACUAUUCCUGAUAUGAAAAGGAUCGUUGUUGAUCAACGCCAAAGGCCCCCCAUUCCGAGCACGAUUUCGGAGAGACUCUCAACUGGUGCAAACGAAGCUCCCUCCUCCGAAAACCGGCUCGACAUUCUGGUCGGCAUCGUGAACGAGUGCUGGACGGAAAAGCCGGCGACGCGGCUCAAAGCGCUCCGAAUCAAAAAGGAUCUCAUACCUCUGCUAACUGUAAAUGACCCACUUCAAUCGAACCGCUAA